CGCCCUUCCCCCACCUGCCGUCGCGAGUGGGUAACAGGGCCCCCUUUCCAUGCGCUUCGUGACCCGGAACCGCGGGUGGAUGCUAAACCCCUCCAGUUGUGCCUUUGUGCUUCAGUGCCUUUGCCAACCGCAGAAAAUGAUGGGGUCCCAGGGAUCGGUUUCAUUCACUGAUGUAACUGUGGACUUCACCCAGGAGGAGUGGGAGCAGCUGGACCCCUCUCAGAGGAUUCUGUACAUGGAUGUAAUGCUGGAGAACUACAGCAAUUUACUCUCCGUGGAAGUGUGGAGGGCCGAUGACCAGAUGGAGAAGGACCCCAGGGACCCAGAUGAACAGAUGAAGCCACGUAUAACCCUCAAGAACCAACCACCAAUUGAAGAAAGAGGAGGUCUUUUUGGAAAGACAUUAAAUCUGAACACGGACUUUGUUUCAUUAACACAAGUUCCCUAUAAGUACGACUUACAUGAAAAGACUUUGAAAUGGAAUUCCGACUUACUCAGCAGUGAAAGCUGUGUGAGGAGGAAGGGCGAGGAGCGCAGUGGGUUUGGGAAGCCACUUCUGUACCUGAAGCAAGAAAGGCCCCGUGCCGGAGUAGAGUACUCGGGAUACAGCGGGCAUGGGAAGGCUCUGAGCCAUAAAGAAGUCGUCUUCAAACAUCAGAAAAUGAAGAGUUUGGUUCAGCCUUUUGUCUGCAACUACUGCGACAAAGCCUUCUCCUUCAAGUCGCUCCUCGUUAGCCACAAGAGGAUACACACGGGAGAAAAACCCUACGAGUGUAACGUGUGCAAGAAAACCUUCUCCCAUAAGGCAAACCUCAUCAAACACCAGAGAAUUCAUACCGGAGAGAAACCGUUUGAGUGUCCUGAGUGCGGAAAAGCGUUUACCCACCAGUCAAACCUUAUUGUUCACCAGAGAGCGCAUAUGGAGAAGAAGCCGUAUGAGUGCAGCGAGUGUGGAAAGACAUUUGCUCAGAAGUUUGAACUCACCACACACCAGAGAAUUCACACAGGAGAGCGACCCUAUGAGUGCAACGAGUGUGCAAAAACCUUCUUUAAGAAAUCAAACCUCAUCAUACAUCAGAAAAUUCACACGGGGGAGAAACGCUAUGAGUGCAGCGAGUGCGGCAAGUCGUUUAUCCAGAACUCCCAGCUCAUCAUCCACAUGAGAACUCACACUGGGGAGAAGCCCUACGAGUGUACUGAAUGCGGCAAAACCUUUAGCCAGAGGUCAACGCUCAGACUGCAUUUGAGAAUCCACACGGGAGAAAAACCCUACGAGUGUACUGAAUGUGGGAAGGCCUUCAGCAGAAAGUCUCGACUCAGCGUCCAUCAGAGGGUCCACACAGGCUAGGUCCUGCAGCCCCAGUCAGAUUAUACCGUGGACAGCCAUCAAAGCAGAAUUCUUCCAUCGAGGGAGAAACCUUGAUGAAGAAUACUGAAGGAACUUGGGGAAUUGUAUUGAGAUGCAAACUAACUCAAAAAAACUUAAGAGGAAAGGAUACCAUAAGAAUAUAUUCAAAAUUAGUAUCCAUAUGUAUUUCAGACAUGUAUCUCCAGAUCCAAUUGUGAAUAGAUACACCCAGCUCUA